CGCUGAGCAGGCGGUCACACUGUAAAUACCAAAAGCGCCGUUGUUUUUUAGGGCGUUUUAGCCACCUUACUUCUUUGUGGUUGUUUGCCUAUCUACAUUGCCAUUUUGUAAAUCCCAUUGACCACUUGCACGUCCACGGAUAGAUGAUAUAGACGCGAAUUGGCCCGAACCCGAAGUCUGAACCCAAAACUCCGUUAGUCCUUUGUUGAUGGUAAUCGUGCAUUGGAGGAGAGAAAUCGAAAUCAAAAUCGAAAUCGUUAGCAUUCCGUAGAGGCAUUCGAGGCACGGAGCGAGCAUGUUCAGUAUCAGCGAGCUCUGUUGCAUGUUUUGCUGCCCCCCGUGUCCGGGUCCCAUUGCGGCCAAGUUGGCCUUCCAGCCGCCGGAGCCCACGUACAAAUUGACCCCGGCGGACGAUACCAAUAUCCGCUAUAACCUGCAGUUGUUCGACCGCGCCGAAUGGCAGUACUCCGAACGUGAGAAAUCAAAAGUGGAAGCCUUCUUUACGCGCACCUCGCGUGGCAACCUGAUCACCUGCAUCUAUGUCAGGUGCAGCAAGAAUGCCAAGUACACGCUGCUCUUCUCCCACGGGAAUGCAGUGGAUUUGGGCCAGAUGAGCAGUUUCUACCUAACACUGGGCUCCCAAAUCAAUUGCAACAUAUUUGGGUACGACUACUCCGGCUACGGAAUGAGUGGCGGCAAGCCAUCCGAGAAGAAUCUGUAUGCGGACAUAGAGGCUGCCUGGCAGGCAAUGAGAACCAGAUUCAACAUCAGCCCGGAGACAAUCAUCUUGUAUGGGCAGAGCAUUGGCACUGUGCCCACUGUGGACCUGGCCUCGCGUCACGAGGUCGGCGCUGUGAUACUCCAUUCGCCGCUGAUGUCCGGCCUAAGGGUCGUCUUUAGGAACACAAAGAGAACCUGGUUCUUUGACGCCUUCCCCAGCAUUGAUAAGGUGGCUAAGGUAAAGGCUCCGGUUCUGGUUAUUCACGGCACCGAUGAUGAGGUCAUUGACUUUUCCCAUGGCAUCGGAAUCUACGAGCGGUGUCCUAAGACUGUCGAGCCGUUUUGGGUGGAGGGUGCUGGGCAUAAUGAUGUGGAACUGCAUCCGCAUUAUUACGAGCGACUGCGCAAGUUUCUUUCGGUGGAACUCGUCAAAUGACAAUUAAAGAAUAAUGUGGACGGAGGCGUUAGCGACACUACAUCGGGUGUAAUAUCU